UGUUUCCUGAACCGAUUUUCGAUCGUUGGGAUUAUUAUUCGGAUCGGACUAUCGUAUACCACAUAUUGCUAUAAAACCUUUGUAUAAAAAUUUUUAAUUUAAAUAUUUAUCAUUUAUAUAAUAUUUCUGAUCCGUUUAUUAAAAUAAUUCUCUUCUCUAAAAAAUCAAUCUUUUGAAGAAGAAUUAAAACAUUAAAAACAUUACAUUACAAAAUUUGUCGUUAUUCGAGUUUCUCUAAAAAAAACAAUGGAAUAAUAUGUUUAUUUUAGGAAAUCUUGUUUGAAAUAUGAUUCUGAUUAAUCUCCGGUGUUUCAUGUUAACAUUACGAAUGUAAUAUCUUUGUUUACUUAAGAAAUGUCAUUGCACAUUUUUCACUGAACGUCAAGAUGGUUUUACGAAAAGGGUUGAAUAAUGAGCGUUCAUAGCAUCAGUCGUUGGAGGAAGAAACAAGAACUUUGCGAGGCAGCAAAGCAUACUACCCCUUUUGUUCUUUCGAGUAUAAUGGACAUGCAUCGCAUCUCUUUCUUGCUGCUUUUUAAUGUACAAUUUACACGAUGGAAUUGAAAAAGAAAUCGAUGCCCUAAAUCGUUAGAAGUGAAACGCACAAAAGACGUACGGCUUGGUAUCAAGGGAUUUGACUUGAAUUUUUUUCUCAGAGAUUUCCUUUUUUCUUUUUUCUUCUUUCUUGAUUUGAUAAUCACAUAAACAUGCAAUAAUCAAAAGCUAUAGAAAAAGAUAAUAUUUUCAUUCAAAGAUAAAAUAUACGGUAUACAUUUCUCUAAUAAGUUUAUUUUGUAAUUUAUUUGCACGUUUAAGACAAAUGAAAAUAUAUAAUAAAUUUUUUAGAAAUAGAAUUAAAAUUAUUCAAUUUACAAAAAUAUUCUUUAUAAAAUAUGAAAUGAAAUAUUACUUAUAAUUAUAAUAAAAUUAUAUAUAAAUUCUUUGCCAAAAUUGUAAUAUUAUUUUAUAAUUAAUUGAAAAAAUUAUAAGUGAUUAAUUUAUAAAAAUAUUAUAAAUUAAUAAGAUUUACACAUAAUGAAUAUUUUUAACACUAUCGAAUUCAAUGCAUAUUUCAUAUUCGAUAUUAUAAUAUCGAUUACUCAAGUUCGAGUCUCAAACUUCAAGUUAUAUGACAAUAUGUGAAAUUUUAGUUAUAGGUUAUGUUUCGGAACGAUAAUGUUACGAAUAGUUUACUAUGUUUUCUAAAUGUAAAAAUGUUACCGUAUUUUCAUUGUUUAACUAUAUAGAAUGAUUAAAUUAAUUUGAAUUUAUAUUAAAGUCAUGUCAUAUAUCGUAAUGUAAAAUUUUCUAUCCUUUCACCAAUUAAUUGUUCUGUGAAAGUAAACGGUGGUUCCUAUAAGUUUAAAUACAUAUUUGUUUCUAAUACCUCGCUAAAAUGGAUGAUCAAGCAUGCCCAAGAUGCAAAACUACUAAAUAUCGGAAUCCAUCAUUAAAAAUGAUGGUAAAUGUUUGUGGUCACACAUUAUGUGAAAGUUGUGUCAAUUUGUUAUUUUUGAAAGGCUCUGGAUCAUGUCCUGAAUGUAAAAUUCCUCUGAGAAGAGCAAAUUUUCGUGUACAAUUAUUUGAAGAUCCUAUGGUAGAAAAGGAAGUAAAUAUAAGGAAAAGAAUUCUUAGAGAUUUCAACAAAAAAGAAGAAGACUUUGCAACACUAAGAGAAUAUAAUGAUUAUUUAGAAGAAAUUGAAACACUAAUAUAUAACUUGGCUAAUAAUAUUGAUGUAAUAGAAACAAAUAAGAAAAUAGAACAGUACAAAAAAGACAAUAAAGAUCAAAUAACAAAAAGUAAAUCUAAGCUUGGUAGAAGUGAAUAUGAACUGGAAGAAAUGAUAGAGUUGGAGAAACAGAAAGAGGAAGAGAGAAGAUUGGAAAUAGCUAAAGAAGAAAUGGAAGCUAAAAGAAAAAAGAUCCGUGAGAAAGAAGCAUUGAUAGAUGAGCUUACAUUUUCAGAAGGAAAUGCAAAAAAUAUUGUAGAAACAUUUGCCUCUGUUAUACAAGCAUCUAGGAAAGAAACAAAAGCAGCACCUGCUAAAGCAACACAGUUUAGUACAGGAAUUAAAUUUAGCAAUCAAGGAGGUCAGAAUUAUUUGCCUAUACCAAAGAUCGAAGAAGGACCUCUAUACACUUACACACCUAUCAAACAAGUAACGGAUGGUCCAGCACCACCUAGUUGGAGAGAAUUGCAAGCUCGUGGAUAUGUUUCUCAUGUACGUGCUGAGUCUGCAGCAGAAAGGGCAGGUGGAUUUAAGGCACAUGUUGCAUGUUUAAGAGCUUUACAAGAAUCUAUGGCUGGUCUAUAUUAUAAUCCUUCACAACGUCAAACAGAAUUCACAUCUGUGUGAUUAUACAGAUUGAUAUCAAGAAAAUCAUAUCUCUACUUUUGUAUAUAAAAUAGUAUGAUCAUUUAAUCAUACAUGAUUUAAAAUCUCUGAUUCAAGCAAUAAAAAUCAAUAUUUGUGAUAUAAUCAAAAAUUACAGGUACACGUGCCUUUGUAUAUUUAUGUAAUUUUUAUUAUUACAUAUUAUAUAUCAUGAUUAUAAUAUAAAAACUACAUAAUUAUAAUUAUACUACAUAAGUAUAAUUAUACUAUUCAAAGAUUAGGUAUACAUAAAAUUCAUUUUUUCGUUUCCAUGAAAAAUAAAACUCUUUUGUUAAAAAUAA